CAGAGCGCGAUUCGGCAGAAAUACGGCGAAGAACAGCAACAACAACUCCAAUCCUAAUUUGCAGAGUCCGAUUAAAAAGAAUAAGUACUUCUCGCUAUCGAGAUUCUCCUCCGUGUUCAGGAAAGAAUCGACGAAGAAUCCGGAGCCUGAAACUGCAACCGGAUCACACGUCAAGAAAAUUAGCUCCUCUGCGAAGGAAGUCAUCAGGAAGUAUUUAAAGAAGGUCAAGCCGUUGUAUGGAAAAAUAUCUCAGAAGCAGCAGCAGGAAUGGAAGAUGAAGACGGAUCGCUCUGCUAAAGAGGAUAGAUCAUCGGACGUGGAGUUAUCAGGCAACAAUUCCGGGAAAGAAAGCGGAUCGGGAGCACUAUCGCACUCGUUUUCCGGUAAUUUGAGAUAUCCGAGAAGAAGAAAUUGGGCGUCGAGUUGUCCGUCGUCGAUUAGGUCAUCGCCGAGCCAUUCCGGCAUUCUAUCGUCUCGGCAAAUGUAUCCAAGUAGAAUCGGAACGACGACGACGAACUACGUCGACACGUCGUCAAUGGAGGAGUUGCAGAGCGCAAUUCAAGGUGCAAUCGCUCACUGCAAAAACUCCAUGGUAGGAAGCAAGACGACGACGAUGAGUAACGAAAUUUGAUAAUAAUAAUAAUAAUUAAUUAACCUUUUUUGUUUAACUAAUUUAAAUUGUUAAUUAAUUAGACUUGUUUGUGUCUGUACUGUAGUGUCACGUCUCUGCUUGCUUUUAGGAGGAACUCCUCGUUUGAAAUUCUUGUAAUUUUCCUCCGUUCCUAUUUUUUCUCUUUUUUAAUUUCUCUCUCAUGUCAUGUUCUGAUGUUUUUAUUUGACAUUUUAGAAUCUAAUCAAGUCUUGCGACUGUAGCCUUGGAAACUGUAAUCAAAGCUUUUGUGUUUUUGGUUGA